UUUUGCCAGCUGCAGUUUUUCCUACGACGUUGUUAGUUUAUUUAAAAGUAAAACUACGUAAUACAAUAUGUGGUGUAUUUGAAAUUGUGCUCUAUUAUAGCAGGUGGUGCUAACUGACGUCGAAUGUGGUCAAUUCCCAUUUGGCAACCGUUAGUAUGAGUGUGUUAUUGCAUUCAUGGCGUUUGUUCUUUUUUCGACGCAUAUUUAUCUCGUAAUAUGUGACGUGUCUUUAAUUCGCCGUAUCAACAUGUCUCGUCUCGGUGCACUUUGAAGCUUCUUCGGCUGGCAAACUGAGCGAGAACGAGCGACGACCGUCAAAAACUGGACGCUGUUUUACCAGAAGCCUCAAAUGGAGUCACGCAGAGCAGAUGUCGAUGAAGAAGAUCUUUCCCCAGAGCAGCAGCAGCAGGAGCCACAGCCCCUCUACGGUCAAGAGGAAGAGGAGGAGCAGCUUGAAGGGCUGAAGAAGUUUCCAGUGAUUCGCAUGAUGAGGAAGAGUGAAGAUGGCAAAAGUAAAGAUUGGUGGUCGCAGCUUGAUGACAGCAGUGAGAAGAGGAGAUCAGAAGCAUGCGACCUGUUGGAUCCUCCGCUCUCAGAUAGUGAUGACAUGACGUCCCACUUUCCCGACACAGAUGAUGAAGACUUUAAAGCUGAUAUCAUGUGUUUCACUGACAACACACACUUUAAAUGUUCGCAAUGUGACAAAACCUUUGGCAACAGGAAGAACUUAAAUGCACACCGGAGAACACACACAGGAAACAAACCUUUCAGCUGCACGGUGUGCGGUAAAGGCUUUCCUCGCAAGGCACAUUUGAUGGCUCACACAAGGCUACACACGGGCGAGAAACCUUUUUCCUGCUCGGUCUGCCGCCAAAGAUUCUCGCAAAAGGCCCAUUUGAAAGCGCACAUGAGGACUCACACUGGAGAGAAACCUUUUUGCUGUUCAGUCUGUGGCAAAACGUUUGCUCAGAAAGGACAUUUGCUCCAACACACAAGGACACACACUGGUGAGAAACCAUUCAGCUGCAAUGUGUGUGAUGACAGGUUCACUUACAAGUACCAACUUAACAAACACGCAUGUGCCGGUGACGGCAGCAGAAAAAAAAAAUGUAAAUGACUAAAAAAA